CCCGUUCCCUCCUUUCCCCCUUCAUUCCAUCACUCUCCCUUUUCCUUCUCUGCGCCUCUCUCCUAAUUCUACAGAAUCACCAUGAGAGCUCUCAGAAACGCCGUCGUCACUCACAAGAAACCCAACGCACAGAAGCUGAAGCAGAGAAAAGCUGAAAUGAAAUCCACGAAAAGUAAGAAGAAAGAUCAAAAUGCUCCAAAACGUCCAGCUACGGCAUUCUUCGUUUUCAUGGAGGAAUUUAGAAUGAUGUUCAAGGAGCAAUUUCCUGAUGCAAAAGCUGGUCCAGUGGUCGGCAAAGCUGGUGGUGAGAAAUGGAAGUCCAUGUCUGAUGCUGUAAGACUGCGAUUUCUUAUUUUGGAAAAAGCUCCGUACGCUGAAAAAGCUUUGAAAAGAAAGGCAGAAUAUGAAAUAGCUCUUGAAGCAUACAAGAACAAUUUCAAUUGCUACACGGUGGCUGAACCUGAACUCGAAAUGCCAACAGAAUCACAAAAAUCAACCUCCGAGGUCAAUGAUGACACAGAGCAGGAAGCUAGCUCUAGCUCUUAGAUUUCUGCAGGACUUGAAUGUCCAUUACAGGUAACAGAUCAAUCUCCAUAUCUUUUUAAAUAAAAGUUUCAUGGUUAUGAGGACGAAAGUUAGCAAGUAAAGGGAGUCGAAUGGAAGGCAAGAAUUUGCAUAACUCUUAACAAUUUUAGGACAAAAUAUUUCUUUGGAUCAUAUGUAUAUAUAUUCUAUGUACUGCUCUGGUUGGUGAACUCAAUUCUCUUGAGAUUAUUAGGGUUGCAUAUCUUGAAUUUCCGUUUUAAAUUUCGUAUGGAUAAAGGGAAAAAAAAUUCUUAGUUCCAAAUUUGUGUAAGU